AUGUCCGACGAUCUUUGGGUUUCUUUGGUCUCCGCGAUUCAUCCCACUCCCAACUCCGACACCAUGCCCGCCCUUCUUCAAUCGACCAUUCACCUGCUCGAGUCCGAGCUGGUCAAGGCUCGCGCGGCCCUCCAGGAAAUCCAUCCUCAUGCGCCACUCUUGCGCAUCGGCGAUGAGGUCGCCGUCGGCGCCAUGGCCGCUUAUCGCCAGAAUCUAAUCAGUCGCGCCCCAGAUUUCUAUGGCUCCCGACGAUUGACCGCGAAGGAAUUGGGCCUCGAGCCUGUCGUACGAGAACUCCCGGUGGAGCAGAUUGCACCUGCAGAGCCCAUUCCGCAACCCAAGCCUACACCCAAACGACGAGCACCGCUAGAGGACAUGCUCACCAACAGUCUGAUCCUCGAUCAUAUGUCACCGUACCUGGGUGCACCCUCGCUGAUGGCCCUGGCUUCAACCUCGCGACUCCUCUAUAAUAUGAUUACGGGCACUCCCUAUGUGUUCAGGCAUUUGGACUUGACCCGCUGCCGAGGUGCGCAGCUAUCCAACAAAUCGGCCAAAGAGGAUGACAUGCAGACGGAGGAUGAGAUAUACUCUGCUCCAUUGCGGCGCAUCUUUGGUAGCCUUGAGAAGCGGUCUAUCCUACAAGAUGUACGCACACUGGUCCUGGACGGUCUUUCGGUCCCAGCCGACCUGAUUGCGGACAUUAUCCUGACCGAUCGAUUCAAUGUCAACAUCCUAUCUAUUCGCGAGUGCCAGCACCUCAAUGAGCGCAAGCUGAUCCAAGUCAUUCAACAUGCCGUUCGUCCCACUCGCCCAGAGGGAACCCCGAAAGUGAAGGGAAUCUAUCAUUUCUCCCCAAUGCAUAGCCCACCGCGCACUGCAGUGCGACGUCGAUACCGUGACUGGUGGGGGUCCCGGAUGAGCAGCUCACGAAGUUCCAGCCAGAGCCCGUCAAACAGCUCUUCAGACAACGAAGAAGAGGAGACAGAAGCCACAGUGGCUCGACGAUACCAGCGAAACGAAUGGUAUACCCCUUCAGGUAAAGUGUUCAAGCGCAGCCUGGACGAAGGCUGGGCACAAACCAUCCAGAAAUGUGAGGGCAUCAUUGCUUUCGACGCAGUGUUAUGCCGCGGACCACGCCAUGAUGUCAACCUCUACUCCAACGCAGAUGAUGAGAACCCCGCCCCCGAGGGCCGCUUACUUGGCCCCGCCAUCGCCUCCGUAGCCCUGGGCCCACGCGGGUGUGAUGGAUGCCAUAGUUCGCCCGAGGGGCCGUCAAUCUGGGGCCAGUCGCCAGACACCCAGUUCCCAAUGCUGAGUCCCGUGCCUUUGCAUGUGUCCAGUGUUGCUGCAGCCAAGCGGCCGGAGCUUAUCCCUGGUGAGCAUCCCGUCCUGAUCGCGCGGUGUACAGACUGCUUGACGGAUCGCUGGUGCCACCGGUGUAACAAGUGGUUCUGCUCAAACUGUCUGCCACACCCGCGACACGUCCAGGCCAGCCUCACGCCACAUCAGACUGCGAUUCGACCACCGGGUCACCGUCCCCACGGGACCGCACCGGCUCAGGUUGAGCAAGAGAGACCCGAGCGAGGUGUGAGCAAAGAUUGCUGGGAGUGUGGCCCGACUUGUGGUUCAUGCAAGCGGAACACCCAACACACCUGCCGGAGCUGCGGUGGCGAUUACUGUAUCGAGCAUAACGAGGGAUGCUCGGCGACGAUGUGCGACUGGUGCAACACCAGCUCUCGCCACCGAAUGCGGAGUUUCCAUUAA